AUGGAAGAGCAUCACCGACGGCUCCAUGUCAAGGCGGAGCGUGCGUCGGUGAUAGGAGGAGACAUUGUAGACGGAGCAUUCGGUAGUUGGGCCCUCAGAGCAGCACGUAGUGAGCAUCAGUUGAAACAACAGAGUAACGAGGAUCUAGCGCAGAAUGCACGAAUAUCAGCGUUGCUCGGAGAGAUGCGACCUAGAAUGUCAGCAAUGCCACCUAAUGGACACCAACAAUAUCAUCCAGUUCAGCAGAAAAGGAAAGCUAAUACGACGAAUAUUGUGGAUGUGCAAUCUCAGGUUCCACCAGCUCGACAAGCAAUAUACGGCUCAUGGCAAGAACGACAUCGGCCGUCUCGUCUAUAUGGAAGCCAGUUAGUAUCCACCUCUUCAACGCUUCCGAAAUAUGAUCAAUUGUAUUGCAAUACUGCUUCCCCUGUUCACGGCAGCGGAUCGACUAAUACAAUUGCCACGACUGGAAUCAGAAGAGAGCCACCAGAAUACGGCAAAGUGGGCCGUUCGGUGUCAACAUGGCAAGUUACAAAUUCGGAACACCGUCCCACAACGCAGGCUGGAUGGAUGAAAAGCUCUCGACCAUUAGCUCGCGGAGCACUUUCCCCAGCCGCAUACUUCCGUGAAUUAGAAAAUCGGAAUGGCAGUGGAGCGAACUCACCGAUAGUUGGAAACCUGGCCGUCGUGGCAGCACCGAUUACACAAAGGGUUUUAUUAUCUGGAGGAACCAGUGUUAAUGAUGAGAUAAAUCCGGAAAUCUCUUCUAAUAUGGAGAACCAUGAACUCCCAGAUAAAGGCACCCCGGUGACAAACAUUCUUUCCCGUAAUACUCCGAGGCAAGCUAGUUUCAUGGCCGCUAUGCAACGGCAUCCUCUGAAAGAAAGCACCUCUAUUGAGAGCAAUGGUGGAGGUGGGAGUAAAGAAGAAUCAUCUGACGUGGGUCCGGAUUUAAAAACAAAACAACCGGAAUCCGAGGAAUCACUGGAUUCUUCGACUCUUGAGAUAAGUGAAACACCGAUCAGAAGGACACGCAAUCGGAAUGCAUCAUUAAGAAGUCGUCAAUCUAGCCGAAGUUUGGGCGGAAUCGAUUUCGAAAAGCUGCGACUGGGAACGGCUCGAAUUGGAGAUAUUACAACUGAAAAUGAGGAUGCUGACGAAGACGGUUAG